AUGUCCUCUGCCGCCCUUAUUUCCCUUCUUUUAUCAUCAAUACCUGUCUCUGCCACCCUCGAGCACCGUGCUUCGUCCCAAGGUUACUAUGACCCGCGAGACAAGGGAGGCAGCUUUCUUACACAAGUACCAGGCACCUUUCCUGCUGGCCUCGGGGAGCCAUUGAACGCGAUCAUUCUGGGGUCGUCGGACGAGACUGUGCUGGUAGAUCAAGAGACUGACGGUGGUCUGCGCAACUACUUCUUGUCGUUCGGGUUUGCUGGUGAGUGCCUCGGGCAGCACUCGGGGAGCGACCAGGGCGCGAACCUCGGUGACGGUAAUGGCUCCAAAAACGAGACGGCCGUCAUUCGAUGGGACUACGGAAAUCCAACCUUUGGCACUUGCCAAGAAACGAUCCAAGGUGGCAAUCACUUCCGAUACUGGGUGCAAGACGGAAAGGACGCGGAUAGCGGGGCCAUAUUUUUAGCCGUAUCAUAUGAGCUUCCUGAUAAGCAGCAACAUGACAUCAUAUACAACGGAUACAACCUAGCACGUGAUUGGCUAGUGGGGAAUGUCACUGCCCAGUCAUCCGUAAUACCAACCUCAAACCUCACGAACCAAUCAAUAUACUCAGGCCAGACGUCAUUUGACGGGUACAUUUACCAAACCAACGUACAAUAUGUAUCUGGUCUGCUCUCAAACACGUCCGAUGGUAUCAAUCAUUAUCUUUCGGUCGGUGCGAAUGGAACGAAUGCAGUUGAUGGGUUGGUAGCAUUGCUGGAAGUCCGACUAUUGUCCAAGCCUUCAUCUUCAUCGUGA